AGUGGUGUGCUUGUCGCCAAGCCUGGCACACUGGGAGCCCAUGGACCAGUCAUUAUUCCCCUGAUCCUCAGCCAGGUGCCAUCAAAUUCUUAGGUGCUUAUUCAUGGCCAAACAAGAAAGAAGGGGGCAAUCAAAACCAGCCACAUCACACCAUCUCCACAGCUGUCAUUUUUAGCUCGUUUUUGCAUAGCUUCACCAAAGCUCAGUUUAUGUUAGGCCUUUCUUGCCCCAAGAACAUUUUAAAAACAAAAAAAAACAAGGAAAGGGGAGAAUUGAAAGACCCAUAAAUCCCUGCACCAUCAGUUCCAGAUGGCCAAGAUGCAAGGGAUUUUUUCCUUUCCUCCUUCCUACUGAAAAAUUUUUAACACCCUCUAAUAUGCAGUUAGCUGCACAAGUUCCUCUCUAAGUUUCACCGCAGGGAGGGAAGGAAGUAGGCCCCAGUAAUCGUGAUGAUGGAGAACACUGUUAAUGGUUCCCCUAAAUUAAAGAGGGUGGGAGCUUCAGCUCCUCACUGGCUUGGCAUUUCAUUAGCAGUAACACUACAGCCUUGCACGGAGACGGGACCAAUAUGGCUGGAUCAGGGAAAUUAAUUAGGGUCUGACAAUACCCUUAAUGGGAAUUGGUUAUUUCUCCCAAAUAAAGCAGCUAUUACAAGUGCAAGGGAAGAAAUAACUCAGCCCUCCCGCCGCGUUCCUUCAUGAAUGUGUGUGUAGAUGCUGCCAUAGCGGGUGCACAGGAGCCAGGAAUCAUCACUGCCUUAUCCCAGGCCUUGCUCAUUUUCUCACAUUCAGCAAAACCUCGAUCAGUGCCCGUGGAGCUGGCACAGACAUGUAAACUGUCUACUGUGACUGCAGUGCAGAGAGCUCUAUAAAAUACGUGAAAAAAGUGCUGAGGGAAUAGAGGAAAGUGUCCUUGGUUCUGCUUAGGAGAGUCCUUAAAAGGAGUAUGCAGGCUGGGCUUUGAAGUAUGGAUAGAAGUUUGCUGGCUGGCGAAGGGAAGGCAGAAGAAAAAUGAAGAAAGUCUCAGAGGCUUGAGAAACAUUUUUUCUAGUUGUCAGGUAGGAAUGAAAACGGCUUCCUCCCAUUGGUAGCAUAUUUGAAAAAUUCCUAGGCCACUUUGAUUGUAUCCUGAAGUAAACAGGGGUAGCUAUACUAUGGCUGGUUGGAGGACUGGAGAGAAAGGUGUAAGUACAGUUGAGCAGGGUCUUUCUACCAGGUUCUGUGCUAAACUUUACUUUUUUCUCACGUUUCUUAGGGAAGUGUUAGUCCCACUUUACAGAUGAGAAAGUUGAAGCUGAUGGAAAGUAACAUGUCCAAGGCCACAGAACGCUUCAGUGGCAGAGCCAGGUUUUGACCCCAAAGACUCUAACUCCAGAGCCCACAUAGGGAACCUCUCUCCUGUUGGGCUUCCCUCUGUCGGUUGAAUAUUAACCUCAAAAAGGGGUCCCUGAAUCUUUGCCAAGACGGCCAGUCCAAGCUAAAGCAGAUGAUUUAGUGUAUAAAGAAAUUCUUUCCUGGAAGACUAUUUGGGUUUUCUCUGCAGCUGGCCUUUGAGGCCCAUCUUUACAUCUCCACUGUCCCUUCAUGCUAGGCGACUUCCCCAAGAACCCCCAGGAAGAUGCAGCCCUUCUUGGAAUUCUUGUGGCUUCUAGGUGGCCUCUGCAGUGUGCUCCCUUGCCUCGUGGCCAUCUCUGGACAGGGAGCGUUGCCUUGCUGGAUCCUAAAUUCCUAAGACAGUGGUGAGCCUGAUACGGUCUGGUGACCCGGCGGCCUCGCCCUUGACUGGCUGUGCUACCUCUGUGAGCCCCAGCUUCUAAGAUGGACAUCUAUUGGGCCCACUUAAUGGGGCACUGAAUGAGUUCUUAGGUGAAGGGCACUUCGCAAAAUUCCUUGCAUCUAGAAGUCACUCAGUAAAUCAGAACAACAGUAACAGUGGCAGCCAGCAGUUUCAGGGUGUCCAAGGUGUGCGGGACUCUGGGCCUCAUACAUUUUAGGCACUUACACUUAACCCUCAUGGCAGGCUUCGAAGGGAGGGGCUGAGUCAACCCCAUUUCACAGAUGAGGUUGCUGAGGCAUACAGAGAGUGAGCAGUGGUUUCAUCGCUUCCCUCUGUGUCCUUCUCUCACUUCCUGGGCCCCAGUGGCCAUGUGGCCACAGACACACUGUGUAGGUGGUCGGUCAUCAGGCUUAACGAAAUGGACAUACUCAUUUUCAGCAUCCCUCCAAGGUGAUGGGUCGUUCCCCUAUGACUCUGUCCCUUGGCAGCAGAACACCAACCAGCCUCCCGGCUCCCUCUCCGUGGUCACCACGGUUUGGGGAGUAACCAACACAUCCCAGAGCCAGGUCCUUGGGAACCCUAUGGCCAAUGCCAACAACCCCAUGAAUCCAGGCGGCAACCCCAUGGCGUCGGGCAUGACCACCAGCAACCCCGGCCUCAACUCCCCGCAGUUUGCGGGGCAGCAGCAGCAGUUCUCAGCCAAGGCUGGCCCUGCUCAGCCCUACAUCCAGCAGAGCAUGUAUGGCCGGCCCAACUACCCCGGCAGCGGGGGCUUUGGGGCCAGUUACCCUGGGGGUCCUAACGCCCCUGCAGGCAUGGGCAUCCCUCCGCACACCAGGCCGCCUGCUGACUUCACUCAACCCGCGGCAGCUGCCGCAGCAGCAGCAGUGGCAGCAGCGGCAGCCACAGCUACGGCCACAGCCACGGCCACUGUGGCAGCCCUGCAGGAGACACAGAACAAGGAUAUAAACCAAUAUGGACCGAUGGGUCCCACCCAGGCGUAUAACAGCCAAUUCAUGAACCAGCCCGGGCCACGGGGGCCUGCCUCCAUGGGGGGCAGCAUGAACCCCGCGAGCAUGGCGGCUGGCAUGACGCCCUCGGGGAUGAGCGGCCCUCCCAUGGGCAUGAACCAGCCCCGGCCGCCCGGCAUCAGCCCCUUUGGCACGCACGGGCAGCGGAUGCCCCAGCAGACCUACCCGGGCCCCCGGCCCCAGUCCCUUCCUAUUCAGAACAUAAAGAGGCCAUACCCUGGAGAGCCCAACUAUGGAAACCAGCAAUAUGGACCAAACAGCCAGUUCCCCACCCAGCCAGGCCAGUACCCAGCCCCCAACCCCCCGAGGCCACUCACCUCCCCCAACUACCCAGGACAGAGGAUGCCCAGCCAGCCAAGCUCCGGGCAGUACCCACCCCCCGCGGUCAACAUGGGGCAGUAUUACAAGCCAGAACAGUUUAAUGGACAAAAUAACACGUUCUCCGGAAGCAGCUACAGUAACUACAGCCAAGGGAAUGUCAACAGGCCUCCCAGGCCGGUUCCUGUGGCAAAUUACCCCCACUCGCCUGUUCCAGGGAACCCCACACCCCCCAUGACCCCUGGGAGCAGCAUCCCUCCAUACCUGUCCCCCAGCCAAGACGUCAAACCACCCUUCCCACCUGACAUCAAGCCAAAUAUGAGCGCUCUGCCGCCACCCCCAGCCAACCACAAUGACGAGCUGCGGCUCACAUUCCCCGUGCGGGAUGGCGUGGUGUUGGAGCCCUUCCGCCUGGAGCACAACCUGGCUGUCAGCAACCAUGUGUUCCACCUGCGGCCCACGGUCCACCAGACGCUGAUGUGGAGGUCUGACCUGGAGCUGCAGUUCAAAUGCUACCACCACGAGGACCGGCAGAUGAACACCAACUGGCCCGCCUCGGUGCAGGUCAGCGUGAACGCCACGCCCCUCACCAUUGAGCGCGGCGACAACAAGACCUCCCACAAGCCCCUGCACCUGAAGCACGUGUGCCAGCCGGGCCGCAACACCAUCCAGAUCACCGUCACGGCCUGCUGCUGCUCCCACCUCUUCGUGCUGCAGCUGGUACACCGGCCCUCCGUCCGCUCUGUGCUGCAAGGACUCCUCAAGAAGCGCCUCCUGCCCGCAGAGCACUGUAUCACGAAAAUCAAGCGGAAUUUCAGCAGCGUGGCUGCCUCCUCGGGCAACACGACCCUCAACGGGGAGGAUGGGGUGGAGCAGACGGCCAUCAAGGUGUCUCUGAAGUGCCCCAUCACAUUCCGGCGCAUCCAGCUGCCUGCUCGAGGACACGAUUGCAAGCAUGUCCAGUGCUUUGAUCUGGAGUCAUACCUGCAGCUGAAUUGCGAGAGAGGGACCUGGAGGUGUCCUGUGUGCAAUAAAACCGCUCUGCUGGAGGGCCUGGAGGUGGAUCAGUACAUGUGGGGAAUCCUGAAUGCCAUCCAACACUCCGAGUUUGAAGAGGUCACCAUCGAUCCCACGUGCAGCUGGCGACCAGUGCCCAUCAAGUCGGACUUACACAUCAAGGACGACCCUGAUGGCAUCCCCUCCAAGCGGUUCAAGACCAUGAGUCCCAGCCAGAUGAUCAUGCCCAAUGUCAUGGAGAUGAUCGCAGCCCUGGGCCCCGGCCCGUCCCCCUACCCCCUCCCACCUCCCCCGGGGGGCACCAACUCCAACGACUACAGCAGCCAAGGCAACAACUACCAAGGCCAUGGCAAUUUUGACUUCCCCCACGGGAACCCUGGAGGGACAUCCAUGAAUGACUUCAUGCACGGGCCCCCCCAGCUCUCCCACCCCCCGGACAUGCCCAACAACAUGGCCGCCCUCGAGAAACCCCUCAGCCACCCCAUGCAGGAAACUAUGCCACACGCUGGCAGCUCUGACCAGCCCCACCCCUCCAUACAACAAGGUUUGCACGUACCACACCCCAGCAGCCAGUCAGGGCCUCCAUUACAUCACAGUGGGGCUCCUCCUCCUCCUCCUUCCCAGCCUCCCCGGCAGCCGCCACAGGCCGCUCCCAGCAGCCAUCCACACAGCGACCUGACCUUUAACCCCUCCUCAGCCUUAGAGGGUCAGGCCGGAGCGCAGGGAGCGUCCGACAUGCCGGAGCCUUCGCUGGAUCUCCUUCCCGAACUCACAAAUCCUGACGAGCUCCUGUCUUAUCUGGACCCCCCCGACCUGCCGAGCAAUAGUAACGAUGACCUCCUGUCUCUAUUUGAGAACAACUGAGGGCCACCCGGUCGGGGCCAUCCCUCCACACUCUGCGUCCUACCCCACCUACCCAACACACUUUUCCACCUGGGAGCCUGUGCCCUCAGACCGCCCCGCACCAGAGCCACGGGCUGUGGGGCGGGGAGCCCUCCCCCGCUGCAGCCCUCUCAGAACAGAGGGGUAGGGAGGGUGCGCCGGGAAGGCUGUGUGGGUCUGGAGCCCACGUCCCGCCUGCACACCCUGGACUUGGGCCCAUGCCCAGCGCAGGCCUGAAGACCACCCUCCCGAGAGGAACCAGCCCGGUAAGAGGGCACACGCCGAUGCGGCUUCCCGGUCCCUCCGCGUGUGCCGAUUCCAGAUGACCUUCCAGUGUCCCCAAGGUUCUUCCAUCUUCUAGACUGUAACCCUGCCUCCCUGCUUCCUGGUCCAGAGCCUCCCUCCAGUGACUGUGGAGCCUGAGAAGGCCCCCGGGCCCCAGCAUGGGCCCCGAGCCUUGGAGGAGCACUGGCAGUUGGUGGCAGUGAGACCAGCCCACCCACCACAGAAAAGCACAAACCUCUGGGAAAGACAACGUCUCUCGGGGGCCAGGGGUCAUCGGUUUGACCCCUGACCUAUAAGCCAAGAUACCCCGUAAACACACUCUCAGAAAGCAGAGAAAAAGGACAAGAUUCUGUGUUUGAGAGGGGGUCUGCCAUUCCUGCUUGGGGACUGGUGGGAAAGAGGGCCAGGACAUCUUCUGAGCCAGGACGUCUCUGAGGCUCCACCUCCAAGCUCAGACAGGGCCCAGGCUUGGGGAACAGAGAGAGCAGGUGUGCACCCAACCAAAGUGAUUGUGCCCUUGGUUGGGGGGGCGCGGGCAUAUAACCUAUCAGAAUCAAACAGGAGCGGCAACUUCUAACUUUGCUCCAAGCCACUCUCUUUUUAAACAGCAACAAUUUAAAGCUAUGAAGUCACCUGGAGAAAAAGAACGUUGCGCUUGGACAGCAAGCAAACCAUUUCUCUCCGUCUGUUCUGUUUUUCUCCUAGUCCCUCUUCUGCCACCUCUCCAAGACUUCCUUGGGACACCCACUUCCCUCUGUGUCCUAGUUCUCUUUGUCCGAUCAGAUGGCAAGGGCAGUGCGUGGAAAGGCCGGGGAGGUGCAGAAACCAGAGCCCAGGGCAAUGGUGUCUGUCCAGCCCCUCCCUCUGUCCCUGUGCUCCAAGCUGCCCCCGGCUGCAGCCCAGGCCAUGGCCAUGUGCACCAGUAUGUACCUGCAGGCAUGGGGGGGGUGGGCGUGUGCCCCAGACACUGCCCUUGGCUGCCGGCCUCCCCUGCCUGCACUCCUCCAUCACAAUCUCACCCCACACUCCUGCUCACUCAAGCAAAAGCAGCCUCUGGCCUUCCCUCUGCCGCUUUGCUCCAUCUGGCUUACCACUCUCCAGGGCCUCCUGGGGAGCCUGUCCUGUGUUCACUUUGUUUCAGGCUGGUCUGUGCCCCGUGAGCCACAUGGCCUAGGGUGGUGCCAGGUUGUCCCGUCACUGGGGUCCCAUCUGUAAAUUCUUUACGCCCUUCCUAGCUGCUGCCUGGGGCCCUUUCCUGCUCUCCCGUCCGCUGUGGGUGGUCCCCAGCACUCCUCUGUGGGUUUUACCGGAAAGGUGGCCCCAGCUGUUGACUUCCAGUCACUGUCCCAGACGGCACAAGGUUUUCUGUAGGAAAGCUGCCAUUGCCCCGGCCCCUUUUUUUCCUUUGUCCCGUUGUCGUCGAGGUUUUUUCAAAUAGUGUGUUGUUCAGUAUGCAAAUCAAUUAUUUUAAGAAUCGCUUUUGUAAAUAUCUUUGUGAAUAUUUUAGUAUCGUCUUUGAUAAUAUUCAGCAUUUUCAUGACCUGGUUAUAGCCUUUGCUGGUGUUUUUAAAAUACCUAGACUCAAUGACAAAGACCGAGUCUUCUUUUUUUUUUAAACAAAAACAAAAAAAGCAACCAGGGCUAUUUGUACAGUUGAAGGGGCGAACAGAAUGGGCGGCUGUGCUGGGAGUUGGAAGACCGGGCAGCCGGCUAUUUAGAGCCAUCCCUCAGUCAGCUGGCAGGGACAAGCCAACGCCAGGUAGCAUAUGGCCACCCUUGCCCAGUGUCUGUGGCCUGGCAAGUGGCCACGCCCUGUGUCAGACCAUCUGGAAAUUAAGCUCCAGACAGACUUACAGAUGCCUUCCUUAGGAGUUCUUGCUUCUUGCCUUGAUACUUUGCCCCAGAAAGGCCUGGGAUUCAUUCUGGUUCUUAUCAGGGUGUGUCCACACUCUGCUCACAGGUGGAUCCACAGCUUUCCAGUGCAGAGAGUCGAGAUGCUCCCUGCAGCCCAGGCCCCGGGCACCUCCUGCAACUGUCCCUGGGCUCAGCACCUGAGGCGGAUUUCCUGGGUCCCCUCUCCAGCAAGCCUCCACCAGCAAGCUCGGCCCAGAGCUUCCCUUCCGGCCGGCUCUGAACCGUGCGUGGUGCCUACAGCCUGCAGUCUGGAGACAAGCUCUUCCGGAGUGCUCUGGGAGCCAGGCCAGGGUGUGAGGGAGGUGCAGAGGCACCUGGGGCGGGAGCAAGCCCCAGGUUGUGACAGGUGCAGGUAGACAACGCCCAUAAGCAGAGAUGGUCCUGAACUCUGGAGAGAUCCUUCCCUGAUCCUUUCGGACGACUACUUGGAGCCAUAAGUAACCUCAGCAAAAACGAGGCCUCUGCAAGCCACUUUUCCAUGCCAAGCAUCCACCUGGCCCAUAGGCAUGUUUCUGCCGCCACUCUGCAAGAUGGACAGGGAGCCAGCAGACAGGCGGGAAGGGCCAAGUACAGGCAAUCACCCCCAUCUUCUUGGUUUGAAGCUUUAUCCAUGUAUCAUGUUCCCUGUAGCCAUUUUAUUUUUUAAGAAACUGCUAGUACUUUCUCCCUAAUGGAAGCCCUGACCCCCCAGAGAGCUACAGGUCUGCUCCCGACGGGCCUUGGGCCUGACCCGUCCACACAGGGCCAUGUCAACAGCAGCGACUCAAGGGACGUGUGUACAUAUGUAAAUGAGAAAUAGAGACGUGUCAACAGAUGCAUUCAUUUCUCUUGGAAUGUGUAUUGUUUUUAUUUUGCAAAACAAAACAAAAAAAGCUUGGAACUCCAUCACGUGGAAAAACUAGAUCCUGUUGGUUAUAGCAUUUGUGAGUUCUCCACGUCUGUCUCUCUCGCUCAUGUAAUAUACUCUGACCCUGAGUGGAAAGGGGUUUUUGUUCUGUUUUUAUUUUACCUACAUGUACUAUUUAGCUUCAGUGUACUAGUCCUGCCACCUGUGUAUUUUUAGGGUGCUAUGGAAAUAAUGAAAAGAAACGGGGAUUUCAGAAGAAAAUUGUAACCAAAUUCAUACUUUGUAUAAUUUUUGAUAUCAUGAUCACAGGUGAUUCACACGUACACACAUAAACACACCCACCAGUGCAGCCUGAAGUAACUCCCACAGAAACCAUCAUCGUCUUUGUACAUCGUAUGUACAAUGCAAUCAUUUCAUACUUUAAACUGGUCAAAAAACUAAUUGUGAUUUCUAGUCUUGCAAAGCUGUAUGUAGUUAGAUGAUGUGACAACCUCUAAUAUUUAUCUAAUAAAUAUGUAUUCAGAUGAAACCUGUAUAUUAGGUGUUCAUGUGGUUAUUUUGUAUUUAAAGAUCAAAUUAUUUGACUAUUGCUAGACAUUUCUAUACUCUGUUGUAACACUGAGGUAUCUCAUUUGCCCAUGUUAAUUUUUUUCUAAAUAAAUUGACAAAAAUGAA